GAACAAACCAAGCAUACUGUCGACACCGGAGGCCUUGUAUGCUAUCAUAGAAAUCUUUAAAGAGAGAGAGAGAAAGCAGUAAAUACUUUUCCAUAUAUAGUUAUUUUUAGAGUUUGAGGUUGCCAUUUUCGGGGGCUUAGAAUUAGAAAGCAAAACAUAAACAAUGGGAAUUUUGUGGGGUUCAGAAUUUAAUUUGACUACUAAAGAACAGGGCUAUAAUAUCAUAGAAACCAUUUCUAAUAAUUUUUUCUUCUCCCUUUUGUUUGGUGUCUCUCUCUUUCUCUUACUUGCUUUGCUUUCUCUCUGUCACAUAGUUGUUUGGUUUGGUUUAUUUGCUUGUUUUGAUAGUGCUCAUGGCUGACAUUAAUGACCAGAAACAAGCAACUUUAAGUUCGGACUCCAUCGGUUCAGGCGAUAGGCCGGAGCAGAACUUCGAAGAUAUGGUUGUUCAAGCAAGACAUAGAAGACAAGAGGCUAUGGUUUCUUCAUAUGGAUCCGCCCAUGAAUUACGGGGCCCCAACAUCGAAAAGGAGAAACAAGAUAGAUCGUCUCCAAAAGGAGUUAUAGAAGCAUGCUUUGAAGGCUCGGAAUCCAACAAAAAUUCACCUGAUAAUAGCCCGCACGCAGUAGUUAGUUGCACAGGUUCGGUAGCACUUUCUAACUGGAAAAAACUCUUCCAAUUAUGGAAAAGAAGAUCGAAAAAGCACUUCGCUUCGAUCCCCAUUCUCUCUGCAUCGAAGCGAUCAAGAAAGAGCAGCAAGAGGGUGGAAGAGGAUCCUAUGAUGCAAGAAUUGUACAACUACAAGUCUUCUUUACAAAACUUUAGCCUACCCGAGCUCCGAGCUGCAACUGACAACUUUAACCGCGAAAACAUAAUUGGAAUGGGUGGUUACUCAAUAGUCUACAAGGGUUGUUUGAAAGAUGGAAGAUUUGUCGCAAUAAAACGUGCGACAAAAGGGACAUCGGAUGAGAUGACAGCUGCCUUCCUGAGUGAGCUUGGCAUUAUAGCGCAUGUAAACCAUCCGAACACUGCUACAUUGAUUGGGUGUGGCGUAGAAGGAGGAAUGCACCUUGUUUUUCAGUUAUCUCCAUUCGGCAGUUUGGCAUCGGUUCUUCAUGGAUCAAAAGGAAUACUAGAUUGGAGUAAAAGAUAUAAGAUUGCUUUGGGUACGGCCGAUGGCCUCACAUAUCUUCACGAGAGUUGCGAAAGGCGUAUUAUUCAUCGAGAUAUCAAGGCUGAAAACAUUCUGCUUACCGAGAAUUUUGAGCCUCAGAUUUGCGAUUUCGGCCUUGCAAAGUGGCUACCAAAACAGUGGACUCACCACAAUGUAUCGAAAUUUGAAGGCACCUUUGGCUACUUGGCUCCUGAAUACUUCAUGCAUGGCUUAGUUAAUGAGAAAACCGAUGUAUAUGCAUUUGGAGUUCUACUUUUGGAGCUCAUUGCAGGACGGAGAGUUUUAGAUGAUCAACAACAAAGCAUCGUAAUAUGGGCAAAGCCUCUGCUUGAUAAGAAUGAUAUUAAAGGGCUCAUUGAUCCUUCCCUAGGUGAUGAUUAUGAUCCAAAGGAAGCGAAUCGCAUGGUUUCGACUGCCUCUUUGUGCAUCGAGCACUCUCCUAUUCUUCGUCCUCAAAUGAGUCAGGUCACAGUACGACUGAGGUGUGAUGGACAUCUUGCAAACUGUUGUAAAAAAUCCUGGAAUCGAUCAAUCCGAAGAACAUACUCGAACGAACUCCUCGAUGCACAAGAAUACAACUCAACAAAGCAUCUAAACAGCAUUGAUAGGCUUCGGGAAAUUGAUUAAGUUCUUGAAAGCUACAAGUAUGGAGGUUCACCAAAAGCCCUAUGGAAGCAAACCAUUUGAUGCUGUUCUCCAUGGUGGUCGGAAGUACCGGUUUGUAGUUAAUCGAAAACUGACUCAAUUUUUAUUUUUCUGAAUUUCAUGGGGGACAGAAUUUUCAAAAUGAAAUUAUUUAUGCAGACAGUUACGACCGUUAUUUUACAGUCUCUUUAUUUACUAGUAUUUAUCGCAAUUGAUGAUAAUAAUGUCUAUAUACAUUACAUGAUUUGAAUUGAAAAUGCACCUGCCAUCUCGGUUUCAAUUUCUGCAGGAUAAAAUACACAAAUAAGACUUGAUUUUCGAUGCAUGCCACAAUUUUCCUGGAUCCACCAUGAAUGCACCAGUACGGAGUUUAUUCCGCAACAUGGCAUAUCCACUUGAAUGCACUCGCUUUAAAGACUAGAAUGUUGUAAAUAUAAGAAGUUCAAACUGAGACACGAGUGGUGUUCAUUCAUAAAUAUCCAGAAUACAAGUAAUAAAUCCAAUGACCUCAAUCCGUAAUUUCCAGUAAAACAAUGGAGUUGUUAGUGACCUUGAUGUGCCCACUAACUUGAAAACCCUGUCCACUUAAAAGAUAACAAUUACUUGGGACGAAAGGAAUACAAAGUUGGCGGGCAAUUGAACUCGAUUGAGAAUGCUCGACCAUGACAACCGAGGCUCGACCAUGACAACCGAGAAUUGGUCGCUAAUCUUGCAGAUAUCCUUU